GGAGGGCGGAGGCCCGCGGCCGGCUGGGGGGACGCUGCUGCGGCUGCGAGAGGCAAGGACCGUCUUCUGGGGAGGGGAGCAGUUCCAAGGAUCCCCUGAGCCAGGCCGACUUGGCAAGAGGGGGAUGAGGUGGCCCCGGGCCCUGCGGCCCGACUGGGGCCUGGUGCUGGUCGUACUGGGCUGCAUCACCCUGCUGGUGAUGGUGAGCCUGCACAGCAAGCAGUCCACCUGUCCAGCCGCCGAGCAGCCCUCCGCACGCGAGGCCUGGCCCACAGCACCGGCCAGCACCCGGGCUCGGCCCCGGCCUGUCCCACCGUGUCCUGCCAACACGUCCAUGACCACGCACCCGGACUGGGAGUCGCAGCCGGCGCAAGUGCGCAACUUCCUGCUGUACCGCCAUUGCCGCACCUUCCGGCUGCUGCAGGACACGCCGGCCAGCAAGUGCGCACAGCCCGUCUUCCUGCUGCUGGCCAUCAAGUCCUCGCCCGGCAACUACGAGCGCCGCGAGCUGGUGCGCCGCACGUGGGGGCGCGAGCGGCUGGUGCGGGGCGCCCAGCUGCGCCUCAUCUUCCUGGUGGGCACCUCCGCCAGCCCGCACGAGGCCCGCAAGGUGAACCGGCUGCUGGCCCUGGAGGCAGAGACCCACGGCGACAUCCUGCAGUGGGACUUUCACGAUACCUUCUUCAACCUCACGCUGAAGCAGGUGCUGUUCCUGGAAUGGCAGACCAGCAGGUGCACCAACGCCAGCUUCGUGCUCAACGGCGACGACGACGUGUUUGCGCACACCGACAACAUGGUGGCCUACCUGCAGAGCCAGCAGCCCGACCACCAUCUCUUCGUGGGGCAGCUCAUCCAGAACGUGGGCCCCAUCCGCGCGUCCGGGAGCAAAUACUACGUGCCCAAGCUGGUCAUGGCCGGGGACCGCUACCCGCCCUACUGCGGCGGCGGCGGCUUCCUGCUGUCCCGCUUCACCGCCGCCGCCCUGCGCCGCGCCGCGCCCGCGCUCCAGCUCUUCCCCAUCGACGACGUGUUCCUGGGCAUGUGCCUGGAGCGCGAGGGCCUCAAGCCGGCGGCGCACAGCGGCGUGCGCACCAGCGGCGUGCACGCGCCCUCGGCCAGCAUGUCCUCCUUCGACCCCUGCUUCUACCGCGAGCUGCUGCUGGUGCAUCGCUUCCUGCCCUACGAGCUGCUGCUCAUGUGGGAGGCGCUCAACCAGCCCGACCUGGUCUGCGGCCAGCGCAGGCAGGUCUACUGACCCGCUCUGCCACACGUGCCUGACAUGCCCAGCUGUCCCUGUGGGCGCAGGCAGUGCUGGUAGAAACGUCUGCCUCUUCUCCCCCCCGCCCAUGGGGUGAGGCGAAGCUCAGAUCCGCUGCUUCCGACCCCAGAGGAGGGACUCUAUGGGGGGUGAGCUCCUAUGCAUACCUCAAGGCCCACUCUUCAAAACCCACUUGGUCUUCUCAGGCUGGAGGAGGUGUGUGUGUGAGGGGAGGAAGUGUCUGUCUCCCUUCAUUGCCGGCUGGGACUCAAGAGAUUUCUUUCUCAGCUUUUGUUUCACCCUAGCCCCCACCCCUACCCCCACACACAAGCAGUGGGCAGCCCCUUGCUGUGGCCAGAUAGGAGAGGAUUGAGGGGACAGGUGCUGUUGUAGUUUGCACAUCGUGGGGCCAGGAGGCAGCGGUCCCUUUAACACGGAUGGGGCUGCUGCGGGGAGUUACUGGUGGGACGUGGUCCCUGGCCACAGUACCCCCCCAAGUUCAGCAUAGGCAUGCUCAGAGAAGCAGGGGUGCGGGCAGUGUCCACGUGGUGGAGGGGGCAGUGUGUGUGUGACAGGGCGGGCAGGACCCCCAGCCACGGGCAGGCAGGUGUCACGGGCAGGGCUGGAAGUGCCAGGGUGUGUGUGUGUGUGCGUGCGUGAAAGCAAACACUCAGGGAAUAAAGUGUAUUUUGUGAA